AACUAACGAGCAAAUAUCACGGGAUAGGGACGCAUAUUGUUUUAGAGAGAGAAAGUGUCAGGCCGGUUUAUUCCGUGAUACGGCCGGAAUAGUCUUCGAUCGUUGUUUAUGGUCAUCGGUAGCGCAUCCGUCUCUUGAUCGGGAGCAUCUUUGGUGAAGGGAGAUGGUGAAUUCCAUGGUUGAACGAGCCACGAGUGACAGGCUCAUCGGCCCUGAUUGGGCUAUGAACCUCGAGAUCUGUGACAUGCUUAAUCGUGACCCUACGCAAGCAAAGGAUGUCGUUAAAGGUAUAAAGAAGAAGAUUGGAAGUAAGAAUUCAAAAGUUCAACUUCUUGCACUAACACUACUGGAGACGAUCAUAAAAAAUUGUGGGGACAUAGUUCACAUGCAUGUUGCGGAGAGAGAUGUUCUUCAUGAGAUGGUGAGAAUAGCCAAAAAAAGGCCUGAUAUUCAUGUCAGAGACAAGAUACUCAUUCUCGUAGAUACUUGGCAAGAGGCAUUUGGUGGACCAAGGGCGAGAUAUCCUCAGUAUUAUGCUGCAUACCAAGAACUACUGCGCGCAGGGGCAGUAUUCCCUCAAAGAUCUGAGCAAUCAGUGCCUGUAUUUACACCCGCACAAACACAGCCAUUGGCAUCAUACCCUCAAAAUCUUCGCAAUUCUGAUUUUCGGCAGGACACAGCUGAGUCUUCUGCAGAACCUGAGUUUCCAACCCUAAGUUUGACAGAAAUUCAGAAUGCACGUGGUAUUAUGGAUGUACUUGCAGAAAUGCUGAAUGCUUUAGACCCGGGUAACAAAGAAGGGCUUAGGCAGGAGGUUAUUGUUGAUUUGGUGGAACAAUGUCGAACAUAUAAACAGAGGGUGGUUCAACUGGUCAACUCAACUUUUGACGAAUCACUGCUGUGCCAAGGACUAGCUCUGAAUGAUGAUUUGCAGCGUUUAUUGGCCAAGCAUGAAGCCAUUGCUUCUGGAAUUUCUUUUGAAAAUCAACCACAGAAAUCGAAUCAAAAUCAACCAGAGAAAUCAAAGGCUGCUCCUGCUGGAGCACUAGUUGAUUUAGACGGGCCUUUGGUUGACACGGGAAAUACUAGCAAACAAACUGAUGUGAAGUCUGCUUCUAGUGCUGAAGCAGGGUCACAAACAUUGAACCAGUUAUUGCUUCCUGCACCCCCUUCAUCAAAUGGGUCAGUUCUCCCUGCAAAGGCUGCUCCCAGUAUCGACUUGCUCAGUGGUGAUGAUUAUAACUCACCGAAAGCAGACACUUCACUUGCCCUUGUGCCUGUUGGAGAUCAGCAGCCAACCAGUCCUUUGUCACAGCAGAACGCCCUUGUGCUUUUUGACAUGUUUUCUAGUAGCAAUAACGUACCAACUCCUGUUAAUACCCACCCAGUACAGUCAACUAAUGUUAGCGGCCCUGUUAGUCCGUUAGCUCCCCAAGUUCAACAGCAACAAACCUUAUCUCCUCAUGGUGGAUUUUACCCUAAUGGAAGUGUGGCAAAUGUGGGGUCCUCUCACUACCAGCAGUCACCAUAUUCCCAAAGCGCCAGUCCUCCAUGGAAUGGUCAGGUUGCGCAGCAGCAACGGCCACCUUCACCAGUUUAUGGUUCGCAAAGCAGUGGAUCAUUGCCGCCACCCCCAUGGGAAGCUCAGCCAACAGAUAAUGGUAGUUCUUUAGCUGGCUCCCAAUAUCCACAGCCACUGCAAGUUACUCAAGUGAUCAUGACCCAUGUACAGAGUUCUGCACAUCCUCAGAGUCCUCAGGCGAUGGGGAAUGACCAGGUUGCUGGCAUGUAUAUGCCGCCAAAUGCUAAUGGCCACAUGCCAGCAAUUAACCCCCACGGUGGCCAGAGCAAUCAGUUUGGCUUUUAUCCGCAGCAAAUCCAGGGAGGUGUGGUUCCCUUUAUGGGUAUGGUUCCAAAUCUGCAAGCUAGUCCCCUGGCUUCCAUGUAUCCUCCACAGAUGUAUGGCAACCAAUACACAGGAUAUGGCUAUGGCCAGCAACAGGUUCCAUAUCUUGACCAGCAAAUGUAUGGCCUAUCUGUUAGAGACGAUGGUGGUAUGAGAAAUUCGUCCUACCAGGUUUCUACGUCAUCUUAUCCGUCAUCUGGCAAGCCUUCCAAGCCUGAGGAUAAGUUAUUUGGGGACCUUGUUGACAUGGCAAAGGUGAAGCCAAAGCCCACGCCAGGUCGAGCGGGUAGCAUGUAAAAACUUUGGAUUGCUUUUGCAUUUUUCACCUGAUACUUGUUUGUGUCUGCCCAUUCUCCUACUCCCCCCCUUUUUUCUUCUUUUUCUUAAUUUCUUUCUUUAUUCUUUACCUUCGUGUUAUAUAUAUAUUUUUUGGUUAGUGCCUCCUAUUAUAUCGCUUGCCUGGCAUUUUGAUCAUGUACAUUCAUUCUUGAGAAAACACAAAAAAUAAAGAAGAAAAAUUAGCUACAGCACCCUGCGGUUCUGAUUAGUUUUUGAGACA